UAUUGGGAAAAAAAUCUCUUCGCUGAACAGAAAUUGAAAGAAUGGGCUGUUCAAGUUCUUUCUUCUUGACUUUCAGUCUUCUAAUUGCAGUGCUAAGUGUGAGCUAUGGGCAGCCUCUGGUUCCUGCAUUGUUCAUAUUUGGAGACUCUGUAGUUGAUGCGGGCAAUAAUAACAACAUAAAGACCAUUGUUAAAGCAAACUUCCCUCCCUAUGGAAGGGACUUCAUGAAUCACAUUCCAACCGGGAGAUUCUGUAAUGGAAAACUCGCCUCUGACUUCACUGCUGAAAACCUUGGGUUCACCUCUUAUCCACCAGCUUAUGUGAACCUAAAGACCAAAGGGAAAAACCUAUUGAAUGGUACCAACUUUGCAUCGGGUGCAUCUGGAUACUAUGAACCUACGGCGAAAUUAUAUCAUGCAAUCCCUUUAAGUCAGCAGCUGGAGAACUACAGAGAAUGCCAGAACAUAUUGGCGGAAGUAGCAGGACAAUCAAAUGCUUCAUCAAUUAUAUCUGGGGCUAUACAUCUUAUCAGUUCAGGGAACAGCGAUUUCCUUCAGAAUUAUUACAUCAAUCCUUUACUUUAUAAGGUUUAUACGGCAGAUCAAUUCUCAGACAUACUCUUGCGAGCCUAUUCCAGUUUCAUUCAGAAACUGUAUGCAAUGGGAGCAAGGAGGAUUGGGGUUACUACAUUACCUCCUAUGGGUUGCCUUCCAGCAGCCAUCACUCUGUUUGGUUUUGAAAGCAACCAAUGCGUGGAAAGGAUCAAUAAUGAUGCUAUCAACUUCAAUAAAAAGCUAAACAGCACAUCUCAGAGCUUGCAGAAACAGCUUCCAAACCUCAAUUUGGUCGUCCUUGAUAUCUACCAGCCUCUCUAUCAGCUUGUCUCUAAGCCUUCUGAUAAUGGUUUCUUUGAAGCAAGAAAGGCUUGCUGUGGAACGGGCUUGCUGGAGACCUCUAUACUGUGCAAUCGCAAGUCCAUAGGGACAUGUGCUAAUGCAACUGAGUAUGUAUUUUGGGAUAGUUUUCAUCCUUCAGAAGCCGCAAACAAGAUCUUGGCAGAUAAUUUGCUCGCCGCUGGCCUCUCUCUCAUCUCCUAAUUCAACCACUUUUGGGCUCAUGUUCUGUUUGUACUUGAUUAUGCUAUUUGUGAAAGAGUUUGAGAUUCACAUGGAAGGAGGUUUAAUGUGUUGAAUUGGAAAGUUCAAUGUGGGUUCUCAGGUCUGUCUCGUUGAAUUAUGACUAAUAAUCGUGCUUUGUAUGGUUGUGUAAGAUUUCAUCUUUUAUAAAGUUUCCCUUUUGGGUGAUCAAA